ACCGCCCACCCCCGCCCUCCGAGAGCCAGCAAGGCGCGUGACGGCCGGAGGAAACCCGAGGCGAGCCACGCGUGCUGCUGACGUGCCCUGUCAGUCUGCGAGGGGAAGUUCACCUGGCUGCAUCUGAUGGAGACCAGACAACAAGGUUUUCUCGACUCGGAGCCGCUGAGGGAGGCUGACGAAGAUUAUGUCUCAGAAGUCAACCUAAACAACUCCAUCAUGACGGAGGAGGAGCGAGAGGAGAUCCAUCAAGAGCUCGCCAAACUGGAAGAGGAGAUCAGCACGCUGAAGCAGGUUUUGGCGUCUAAAGAGAAGCAGCAAGCGGACCUCAGACAGAAACUGGGCAUCUCUCCUCUGAGCGAGCUCAGAAACAACUUCAGCAGAGGCUGGCACGACAUGCAGACGUCCACGGCCUUUAAGAAGACAUCAGAGACGCUCUCCACAGCCGGACAGAAAACCUCGGCAGCCUUCACCACUCUGGGCAGCGCCAUCACCAGGAAGUUCGGGGACAUGAGAAACUCUCCAAGCUUCAAGUCCUUCGAGGAGAAAGUUGAGAGUACAGUGACUACUAUAAAGACAAAGGUCGGCACUUCAGAGAGCAGAGGCAGCUUCGAGGACGUCCUCUCCUCGGCAGCGAACGCCAGCUCUCAGGACACGCCCACCAACAACUUGACGGACGGCCCCGACAGGCCGUGUUAGAGCCGCGUCCCGCCCCCGCGAGGCAGAACUUCAACCCAGGAACUCUCGUCACUGCUGUAUCUCAGCACGCAUCUGCUCGACGCUCUGACUGAAAUGUUGCUUUAAUUCGAUCGCCUGAUACAAAUAAUCCCGUGUCUGUGAUUAAGUCUCCUCUUCCAACACUGUAAACACUCGAUCACACUAACCAUUUCUUGUCGGGACCAGAUUUACCCUAAUUAUUCUCAUGCAGUAGUCGUCUGCCUUUAUUUUUAAAAGGAGACUGUUGUUGGAUCCGACGGGGUUGAAGGAGAGAAGAAGCGACGCCUUUAUGAGAAAAUAAUGAAAUAAUGAGAGGAGGAUGAGCAGAUUCUAAGAAACCAAAGCAGAGUGUUUCUCCCGUCUCAUGAUUUGGUUCGUCAUCAAGACGGGAAAAACACGAUAAAUCACAGCAACAAAAAAAAAAGAGAUUAAGGGUUCUUUAUUUUCAUCCACGACCAAAACCGCAUGUUUGUGUUUGAUUAAAAAAACAUUACAACGUUUCAUUUCUAACUACCUUAGUGCGUUUUACUAAAAAAAAUUAUGUCUGCUACUGACAGUUGGUUCGAGCCUGUUUGAAUGCUGGAUCAUAACACACACACACACACGUUUUACUCUGUAUUCACAUGAAAUUCUGCAUAUGUCCCACGUGAAGCGAUAUUAGUCAUUCGUAAAUGUAACUAUGUAUUUUUGUUUUUAACACGGCUGCCUCGAGAAUCUGAUGAUUAAUCACAUGGGACAUUUAAGUCAAUAACACUUUACAGUAACUGCUAUUAAUAAACAGAAAGCAGAGAAUGAAAUUAUUAACAAACCAUUUAUCAACGUCCGCUGCACCUUUACAGUAAACAACUGAUUAAUAACUGUUUUGUAAAGCAUUUCACUGCAUGUUAACCAUGAAAUAACAACGAAAGCUUAAUUCAUAUAUACCUUAAUACAUUUACUGUUUAUUAAUGGUGGUUUUUACUGAGUGGUAACAUUAAAUACGAUGCUGGAGAUUAAAAAAAUCAGCGGUUGGAAAAGGUAAAUAAUAAUAACAUCUAGAAGCAGAAUCAGUGGAUUUGUGUGAGCAUUGUCUUGUUAAUAAUGCUUGUGGCUCGUUUUUGUAGGACCAUUACUGAAUUUCAUUUCAUUUUAAACAUCCACAAUUCCACACUGUCACACGUACGGAGGAAUGAGCGAGCGAUAGAUUACAUACAAGGCCUUAUAACUGUAACAUACCCCCAGAUUUAUACAGGAGUGCUGCUGACUGUGACAUGUUUCCUUUGAUAGAGUCGAUAUGUUGUUUCCAUGUUAGUCUAAGAUCAGUCACGACCUCGGUAUUCAACAUUAAUGUUGCAGAUUUUUGAUUUGAUGUCCCCGCUCCAUGUCUUUUCUGAUACAAGCUGUAUAAUACGGAUAUAACAUCAUCAUACUGUAGAUGUUAUACGAUCCUUUACUGUAAUGUGUUCCCUGAAUUCCAAGAAUUGUUGUUACUCACAUGUUUUUAAACUUCCUCUCGCAGAACUAACUUGUUUAACACUGAAA